AAAAAAAAAAAAAAAAAAGGCCAACCAAAGCCAUCCAACUGAACUACCAAAGAUCUACAAAGAGAAGAAAUAAUUGAAAAGAUGAUUCAAGAACUCCUCGGAGGUGCUGCUGGCUUAAGUUUUGGAGAGGAAAGGAAAGUCUCCAUCAGUGGAAGCAUUUUGGAAGGAACCCUUACUUCUUCUCCAUCACCAUCUCCUUCUUCUUCUUCUUCCACAACUUCAUCAACAACUACAACUACUAAUUCAGCAACUUCGGGGAACCAGAAUUUGAGGUGUCCCAGAUGUGAUUCCUCAAACACAAAGUUCUGUUACUACAACAACUACAAUCUCACUCAGCCUCGUCACUUUUGCAAGUCUUGCCGUCGAUAUUGGACAAAAGGAGGUGCUCUUAGGAAUGUUCCUAUUGGAGGUGGAUGCAGGAAAAACAAAAACACUAGUGUUUCAACAUCUCUGGGAAAAUCAAGUGCUGCUAAGAUGAAAACAGUAGUAUCUGAAAUUGGAAGAUCUGGCCUUGGAAAUGGGUUUGAUCAUGAGCUUCAAUCUAGUCCAAUUCUGUGGGCUUCACCUCAGAGUUCUCAUCUUCUAGCCUUGUUGAGAACUACCCAAAACCAUAACCCUAACACUUUGUGUAAUCCUGUUAGUAUUAAGGAAGAGGUUAGCUUGCUUGGAUCACACGUGAUGAAUGAGCAAGAAGUUGCAGCUGGUGCACUAAAUACUCGAACCCUAGGCUUGGAUCCUCUCAGCCAGGUUCCUUCUCUUGGACUUUGCAACCCUUUCUGGAAAAACAAUCAACACCAAGCUCAACAGCAACAACAGAAUAAUAAUGGGUUCCUAGUGAGAGAAGUUCAAAACACAGGAAUUCAAGAACUGUAUCAAAGGCUCAAAUCAUCGUCAAGUUAUUGCUCUGAUAGCUCAGCAGUAGUUCUAAGCAAUGUGGCUUCUUCUUCAUCUUCGUCUUCAUCCAUUUUGGAGUCAGCUCCAGUGGCAGCAGGAGAAUUGGGUUACUGGAAUCCGGUAUUUUCAUCAUCAUGGUCUGAUCUUCCAACAACUAAUGGUGCAUAUCCUUAAAGAACCCUUUUUCCCCUUCCCUUUCAUUUUAUCUCACCUUUUUAUAUGCUAAUGUUGCCGCUUCUUCUGUUCGUUGUCUGUCUUCUGAUAUACGAAUGUGGCUGUAGGGGUAGCAUCAGGUUUUUUUUUUUUUUUUUUUCAAUUAUUUUUUUCCUUUCUUUCUUUUAAGUGUGUUUUAAGGUGUGUUUAAUUAAUUAACAUGUGAAAGUGUACCAGGAUGGAGAAGUACAAGUUGCUUUCUUAUAGUUUUUUAGACUAAAAAAAUCACAGCAUACAAAUUAAUCAAAAGAGAAUAAGCAG